AAUAUCUUGCUUGAAGAGCUCUUGGUGCUACUCUGGAUGUAUCUCUAUGUCUGAAAGUAUUGAAAAUUCGUCCCCAGGUCGAUAUGAUUCGUCGCAGCCAGGUCGCCUCCUCCGCCACACGGGCUCCAAGCUGUCUUUCGCGUCCUUUCACCCUGGAACAGCAUCAGCGUGGCGGGAGUCGUUACCGGACAUCAAUAAGCUGUCUCUCAACGAAGAGUUAUACAGGCCCAAGCGUGUUGUCAUUGAGACAGGCCCUGACGGACAGAGUACCUGGAGAUUUGUCCCGACCGCGAAGAGGGAAUCCGGAGUUCAGAAUGAGGGCGCAUGGCCGAGGAACGUAGACUUAUGCGGAGAAAUCGUCGAAUUUGACCAAGACCUAUGGGACAUCUAUAAACUCGAUCCCGAAUACACUUGCACCGUCCGAGCACCGCCCGCGCUCACGACCAUAGUCCGUGACAAGGGCAAAGGCAGGGCUCCCGAAACCGAAUCUGAUAAGCUACCACCGAAUGCCACAGGCUCGAAGCGAAGAUAUGCCACUCUGUCUCCGGAAAGACAAGCACCCCCAAUGACUCCAUCGUCGAAGCGGCCACGCCGGAAAGAGGUCCUGGAAGACCCAGAGUCGGAUUGGGACAGCUCAGACGACGAGUUGGGAAGUAGCAAUGAGGAAGAUGAAGUUGAGGGGAUGAUUAUUGACGGAGCUACCCCGCAGCCUAAAGCAAAUGAGCGUACUCGCACUGUAGGCUCUAAGCUUCGGGACAAGCUUAGGGACGUUGACGGCGACCAACUCCCGCGGUCUUUCAAACGCGCACGUACCGUAUCUCCGACAAGAAACAAACGGGAUCUCGCAGGGAAGAAGAACGCUCGUGAAAGGAAGCUGAGGAAGGAUGUGCGAGGCACAUCUACAGCUGCGAAGCAGCACAGGCAUGGACCUCCCGUGGAUGACGUCCUCCCUGAUGUUCCAGAAGAAAAUGAUAUCAGUAAACCUUCGCCUCAGACGCAUGCCGAUCCGUCCCAGCCAGAAGUGGAUGAUGAAGAGCAGGCGAGGCUGGCGGCCAUCGAAGAAUCGCGGCGUAAGUUGGCUGACCUGGAGAAAGAUAGGCCUUUGUGGGAAAAGGCUCGCCGCGAACGAGAGCGGCAAGAAAGAGCAGAAAAGGAAGCCGCGGAGAGAGAGCGGAGAUUGCAAGAGCAAGCUGCGCGCGCUGCACGAGAGCGGAAGGAACAAGAGAAGAAGGAGCAGGAGAGAAGAGAGAGUCUAGCAAGGGAAUCGGCCGCCCGACGGGAGAAGGAUGAGAGAGAGAAGCGCAAGCGCCAGCAAUGGGAGAGGUGGUCCAGAGGGGUUUGGACGUCCCAGCGAGCUCUGGAACGUUAUAAGCUCCUCUCGGAAGCCUUCGACAAUACCAAGUUCAGCAAAGAUGAAGAACCCUUGACCUUCGAGGCUGUACCAUGGCCUGUUCUCCACUCGCCUAUUACCUUCAAAGUCGAAGACGUCGAGUGGUCUGCUGUGGAGAAGUUCUUUAUUGAAGUUAAGCAUCAUAUGCGGACACAGGACUACAAGGUCUUCGUGGAGAAGUCUCAUAGACGAUUUCACCCGGAUCGAUGGCGAAGCAGACGUCUGUUUGACGCUAUACCUCACGAACAGGAGCGGGGUGAGAGAGACCUCCCCCGGGCGUCUCAUGCACCUCGAGCCCAUCAUCAUCAUCAUCAUCAUCAUCGAUACUCGGAAGGAUACGACGUCUUUAGCCCCCAUCGCCACCUGAAUCGCAUGCACAGUGAGCUUCCUGCACUCGAGCCUGCACGACCGAGAGUACCGGUGCGAGAUUCGGGUCUCUCAAUACGGCCUAUGCCUAGCCCUGUGCGAAUACCCGUCUCUCCCCGCGGAGAGCGCACCACGAUUCACUGGACAGACCCUGCUACUGCUAGCAUGUUAGGCGACUCUGAUCCUAUAGCCGAUCCAUACGUUCCUCCUGCCGAUGUGACUGAGCCUCUGCCGCCGAAUGCGCCCCGCUACCGCAAGAUCAUGACCUUCCUAGGAUAUGGGCGGUACGCCACAAAAGCGCGGAAGGCACUAGUUUCCAUCGUGUGGACCCUAUCAUUCGGUUUUAUGCAGAUUGUCAUCGUUAUUACUUUGCUGGGAUAUGCAGCACACCGACGAAGUCCAACCAUGCCACAAUACGAUGAGUGGCAGGCCUGUGCUAGGCCUCUGGGAAUCUGGAAUGCUCUCUGGGUCGGUAAGAUUUUGAUGGGUUGCUCCAUGGGAGUGUGGGGGUACACCCGGGAUCGCACUUCCCGGCAGAAUUCCGCCCUCGAAAGGCAGAAUGUGCUGUCGACGGCUGAGACCGGUCGUACCCGCGGACCAUAUCCACAAACCGAAGCUGCCAAUCGAGCCGGCGCUGCUACUCGCAUGGUUGAUAAUGCGGCAAGCACCGGCAGGUCGAGCCACGGCAGCAACAAUAAUGAAGCAUCGACACGACCUCAUGCACGUUUGUUUUCACGGAUGUCGUUCCUUUCCUCUGUUUUGACUCUGACCUGGUUCGUAAUCGCACAUAUCUUGGAAUACACGUCGGUGAACACUUGCCGGCACGAUGCACCGCACAUUUGGUGGCUCACGUUCGGCAUCCUCUGUAUCAUGUAUCUUACGGUGGUGGAAGUUAUAGUCGUGGGCUUAGUUGUAUUUAUAUUCGGACCCCUGAUCAUACUCUUCUGGAACAUAACCCUCAUUCUCCUGGGCCGUCAUCCUCUCCAGAACCCGCAUUACAUCAAACCCGAGAUCGGGAAACUGCCGAAAUCCGUUGUGGAACGUAUCCCAUUGGUAUUGUACAUCCCCGCUCCUCCAGACGAAGAUAAGGCUUCUCCUUUAGCUAUCCCUGCGCCUGUCUAUACAUAUCCUCCCAAGGCUCCGCAGAACGAGCUGGUCGCUCCCCGUCGGCGAAGACGAAGAUUCGCUUUCCUUCGUAAAUUCACGAAAUCGAAGGGAGCGAAAUCCAAUCGAAAAGACGGAGGAAACCAAGAUAAGAGCAAGGACGAAGAUGAUGAGAAGGAUGAGGUUGAGUUAGCAUGGGAAGAUAAUUGGGAACAAGGAGAUUAUCCUUUCGUCAGGUUGGAAGAGAAUCGGGCCGCUUGUGCGAUAUGCCUCUUGGAUUUUGAAGAGCCCAAAAGGAUACGUGGAUUGGCUGACAUGGGUGCCAAGAGAGAGUCCAAUAGCAACACCGAAGCCAGAGAUAGUGAGAACGGAGAUACUUCAGGUGAUGAACCUAUCGAGGAACUGCGUGUCGGUGAGGUGACCGAAGAGGAACGUGAAGAGAUCUUGAAGCUACAGGAUGCAGGGGAGGGCCCGCAGCCUCUGAGGCUACUGGCUUGCGGACAUGUAUUCCACAAAACGUGUUUGGAUCCGUGGUUGACGGACGUUUCUGGACGCUGUCCAGUCUGCCAAAGACCGGUUCAACUUCCCGAGACUAGCGAGUCGAAGAGCAAGACUGGGCGUGGCAGGUCGAGAGGUCGUCAAUCAUAGACUGGUGAGCUGUACGAUAGUUUCUGGACCCAAUUGACACUUUCAUGUCAAUCUAUCUACGUCUUCUUCGCCGAUUAUGCUGUACUGUUCUGCAUGCCGUGCACUAUAUUACUGGGUCGUCCGGCUUUCGUGUGUAUUAAAGUAGAUCAUCUGUACGACUAUUGCCACUUCUGCUCACCGAGC